AUGGCUACUUCACUAUCUUUGGCAAAGAACAAUAACUCGAAAAUAAAAAUUGGUGUGCAUUGGAAAGAUUUGCAUGGAAAAUAUUCAAACAGUCCCAGAUUACCAAAACUGAUCGAACUCGAUCACGUAAGCGCCGUUUUGGCACAAAAAACAACAACAUUUUUUUCAUCUUAUUUUCAUUUUAAGAGUAUUCCAUUAAGUACAUAUAUCAGCAAUAUUUGUGCAGAAUGGGCUGUUGAUGAACCAGAUCAUUAUUCGUUAAGAUUCGAUGAUACACAUAAAUUUGUUACAGAAGAAAAUCGACAUCUUAUACCAACUGGACAAGUUUUUUAUCUGUCGUAUUCUUAUACUUACGAAGCUCAAGACAUCAUAAAAUUAUUAAUUUCCUCAGAUCAAAACCAGCGUUCGAAAGCCAUUGAUCGUUUAAAAUUAGCAUCUGUCGAUGAAACAUUUGCCAUUGACUUUAUUGAACGAAAUGGAUUAAAUUUAUUGAUACAACUGAUGAAUGAAAAAAAUAACAGGUUUACACAUCAAUUAUUAAUUGAUCUAGAUAAUUUCUCACCCAUUGUUUUAUUGUUAUUUAGUGAUGAAUUUUUUGUUUAUACACCUAAUUUACUACGAUCAAUCUAUCAGAUAAUGACAAAUCAACAUGUAGUUAAUUGGGAUAAAUUUGAUUAUGUACAAAAUAUUUUGGACAAACUAAUUCCGUUAAUAAAUGGACCAGUUUAUUUGCAUUCGUCUGUGAUUUGUCCAACAAUGAUGAUAUUACAUUCGAUUCUUACUAGUGGUUCUCGUCAUUCUCAACGUGUACUCCAAGAAAUUCGAGCAAAAUCAUUGUUUGAAUAUUGUGGAAAACUGUAUGAUAGUGAAACGCAAUAUUAUGCACUAAGUUUGAUCAAUUUACUCAUGUCAAAAGGAGAUCAGGCUAUUCGCACUUCGGUUGUUAAACUCAUGUCAGAUUCAACACUAUGUAGUUGUUUUAAGGAAUUAGUCCAAGCGAUUAUCAGUUGUAACACAAACAAUGAAGAAAUCUCUGUAGGAAUUGAAUUAAUGGUUCACUCGGUUAAAAGAGUAUCUUUACCAUCAUUAGAUCUUAGUCGAACCUUAUCACAACAACUGUGUCGAUUACAACGUUACUAUUUGAAUGAAACAUAUUCAAACUCCAUGACAAAAUCGGCAAAUCGACAUGAUGCAAAAUCUAUUGAAAUGAUUAAUGAAAUUCGAAAGUGUGCAUAUGAUAGUAACUCAGUAGCAGCUCACUUCAUUACUAGUCCAAAUCAUCAGCAUGAUCUGAAUAACAAUGUCAACAAUACCGAUACUGUUCGACGUUCUGAAGCUCUUCAACGAAAUUAUGAAAGAUUAGGUUUUCAGGAUACAAAAGAACCUAUUAAAGAUUUCCAACUUGUUCCACCUGGUGUAUUAUCAUUAGAGAAUCUCAAUUAUUUUUGCACUAAUGAAAAAAACGAUUUUAUUCGAUUUGUUCUAGAAAAUUCUUGUAAAACAAUUGAAAAUCAAUGUCCAUUAAUUCGUUCGGCAAUUGUUGUAACAAAAAUUCUAUGUGAACUAUUUCGUAUUGGCAUUGAUCCUGCCGAAGAUCAACAAAUCGAACAUUAUUUUCUUUUAUUCUAUACAAUACCAUCAUUUUUUGAACAAUGUUUUGUUAGAUGUACAUCAUUAUUUAAUAAAACAUGGAAAGAAAUGAGAGCGAAACAAUCAGAUUUCGAUAUAGUUGUCCCUGUUAUAAAAGAGCAAAUAUUCAACAGUUUAUCAGAUGUUACACUCAAUACAAAUGAUCUGAAAAAUACCGCUAUCAAAAAAGUAUUACCAUCUUAUUCUCCAUCAAUGGUCUUAACGCCACUGUCUCCAGUAUCGUCAACAAUGCACAUUUUAACAUCCGCAGUAUCACCGAUCACUCGACGUUUUACAUUUGAGUAUUUUUGUGAUCGUUUAAACUUUUAUAACUAUAAAGAAAUAUCAAAAAUUUCUGAUGAAAGUGAAUUAGAACGUGAAAAGGGCGUGAUGAAAUUGCCUGUUGUCGAAACUUUGAAAGAACAUUUACGACCACAUGUUGAAUCAUUAACGCGUCAAGCGCGGUUAAGAACAAUGAAAAAAGGACAAAUCUUCAUGACGUAUGAAAAUCGAACGGGAGUGAAAAAAAUAAAAAAUCGUUUAAUGCAUUGGCAAUUGUUUGAAAAUGAAAAGGGUGUUCAAUGUAGUGAAGUAGGAGGAACAUUAACAAAAGAUUCACGUGAUAGUAAUAAUACAAUUAAUGCUACUCUCAUGAAAACAAUGAUUUUAAUUGAAAAUAUCAAAGAUGUACAAUGUAAUGUGGAUCGAAGUAACGUACAUGAUCGAACACCAAAAAUCAAUAGACAUAGUAAUUCUCAUGUUACAAUAGCCAUAUCUAUUCAUAAUGAUCUUAAUUACACAUUAUAUGCUGAAAAUGAUUACGAUAUGUACUGUUGGAGUGAUGGAUUUAAUAUUUUAUUAAACAGACAGAUGGAAAGUUUCUAUGCUAAAGAAGACAUGGAAUCUCUAUUAAAUUUACAAUGUCAAUUACAAAUGUUAGAAUUAGAAGGUAGUCUUAUCACGAUAUCAGAACAACCUUUGACAAAGCCAAGUCGAUUGCCUCCACCACGGCAUUAA